CGAAGAAAAUGAGCAAAAACAAAAGAGAAUGAAUUUUUAAAAAACGACACUGAAGACCGCUGCUGCUAUCACUCUCUGUCUCUCAAUCUCUUUCACCGCCGACAUCCUAACGGCUAGCCGAAGCAUUUUGGUGGCGCCGAUUGCUCGUUGCGCUGUCGAUCUUUUCGCACUCCUCGGCUGUUUUCUGAUCUCUCUAAUCCUCUCAAACUAACUUCCGUUUUCGUUUCUCUUUUUUUUUUUUUUUUGUCUUCUUCGUAUCAUUUCCGAUAUAAGAAUCGUUGAAAGUUCUUAGGUUUCAGAUUAUUUUUGUCGGUGGAAAAUGAUUGGAUCGUUUCUUACAAGAGGACUUGUGAUGGUUCUUGGCUAUGCUUAUCCGGCAUAUGAGUGCUACAAAACUGUGGAGAUGAAUAAGCCAGAGAUUGAGCAACUUCGCUUUUGGUGCCAGUAUUGGAUUUUGGUUGCAGUUUUGUCAGUUUGUGAGAGAAUUGGUGAUGCCUUUAUUUCAUGGGUUCCUAUGUACAGUGAAGCAAAGUUAGCAUUCUUUAUAUAUCUGUGGUACCCAAAAACAAAAGGAACUACUUAUGUAUAUGAUUCCUUCUUUAGACCAUAUGUUGCAAAGCAUGAGAAUGAAAUUGAUCGUAAUUUGUUGGAACUGAGGACUAAAGCUGGAGAUAUGGCAAUUUUAUAUUGGCAAAGAGCUGCAAGCUAUGGACAGUCAAGAGUUUUUGAAAUUUUGCAGUAUGUUGCCUCACAGUCAACACCAAGGCCUCCCCCUGCCCAGCAACAACCUGCCAGGGCUCGUCAACCUCCUGUUCCCAACCGCCAACCAGCUACUGCAACUCAACCAAUGACUGAGGAACCACCAUCUCCAACUUCCAGUACAUCUUCGAGUCAGCACCAAAAGGAAGUAGCUGAAGAGGUGGGCCCCUCACAAGUGCCUGAAGCAGCUCCUCCUGCAAGAACAAAUUCUCUGAAAGCCAAUUCUGCAACCUCAAACACUCAAAAAGCUAAUCCUGCAACUUCAAAUGCUCAGAAAUCAUAUUCUGCUGUCUCAAAUGCUCAAAAAGCAAACUCAACAUCCUCCAAUGCUCAGAAAGCAAAUUCUGCAGCCUCAAAUGUUCAAAAAGCAAAUUCUGCAGCCUCAAAUGUUCAAAAAGCAAAUUCUGCAUCUGAAAGUAGCAGCCAGACUAUGCCGACUGAACCAGAAGCAGUGCAGUUGGAUCUAGUGUCUUCUGCAGCAGAUGAAAAUGCAAAUCCUCCUCCAAAGGAGACUGUCAUGGAAAAACCAUCCAGGAAACACGCAAAAAAUUGAUACACCGUUCUGCAUCAAAUCAUUAAACCAAACACUCAGUUUCAACCAUUCUCCAAUUUUAGUCCAAAAAAUAAAAAAAUAAUAAUAAUAAACUAGAAUUUAAUCAGUAGGUGGAUAAUAGGGGUAUUGUAUUACUGUGAUAGACAUUGGUGGAAAUUUGUUGUCAUAUUUUAGUUUCUAUUUCAUUGGUUGCUUUA